AUGGACGUGGACCCUGAUAGCAAUGUAGCACUCAUGAAUGUACUAUUAUCAGGUGGAGAGCAAAGAUCGUCCAAGACUACUAGGGUCACUAAAAAAACUUCUAACCAAGCAACCAACCCUGACAAUUCCGAAAAUAUGGAUGACUCAGAACUUUCUAGCAGACAAAUCCAACACCCUUUAUGUGAGAAAUGCUCCGAAGAGAUUUCUAUAGAAUUUACGAAAGAUACUGUCUUUUUGUCGU